AAGCUGCUGGCGGACCUGGGGGCCUGGGCGGGCAAUGUCAGCACCAGCGUGUUCAUCGUGUUCAUCAACAAGCUGCUCAUGAAGAACUAUGGGUACCACUUCGCUACAACCCUGACCGCGCUACACUUCUUGGUCUGCUCCAUCAGCAUCUGGUUCGCCCAGAGGGCGGGCAUGAUAAAAAAGACGACCAUGCCCCUCAACGACCUCAUGCUGUUCACCGUCAUCGCCGACGUCUCCAUCCUGACCCUCAACCUGUCGUUGAUGCUCAACACAGUCAGCUUCUACCAAAUUGCCAAGCUGCUCAUCAUCCCCUUUGUGUGCUUCGUUGAGUCCUCCUUCCUGGGGCGCACCUUCUCCCAGGAGGUGGUGGGCAGCAUCCUGCUGGUCAUCGUGGGCGUGGCGGUGGUGACUGUGCAGGACCUGCAGCUGGACAUCUCCCUGGGCGGCAUGUGCAUCGCCGCCGUGUCGGUCGUGUCGUCGGGCCUGCAGCAGAUCUUUGUGCGCACGAUGCAGCAGAAGCACAAGCUGAGCGCGCACGAGCUGCUGUCCAACACCGCGCCCGCGCAGGCCUGGACGCUGCUGCUGGUGGGCCCCUUCAUCGACAAGGUGGUCAGCCUGGAGUGGGUGUUCAGCUACGCGUGGACCACAGCCGCCGCCGUGACCAUGGCUGUGUCGUGCACGCUGGCGGUGCUGGUCAACGUCAGCCAGUUCAUGUGCCUGGGCCGCUUCUCGGCGGUGUCCUUCCAGGUGCUGGGCCACAGCAAGACGGUGCUGGUGCUGCUGGGUGGGUGGGCCUUCCUGGGGGACACCAUCACGCUGAAGAAGCUGGGCGGCAUGCUGCUGGCCGUCUCCGGCAUGGUCUGGUGG